AUGGGGAAUCUUGCCUUUGUGGAUGUAUGUUUUACCUCUACAGUCAUCCCCAGGGCUCUGUAUGGUCUACUGUCGGGAGACACCCACAUCUCCACCCAUGACUGCUUUCUCCAGCUUUUUCUCUUCCUAGUAGUGGGCAACAUGGAUUGUCUUUUGUUGGCCAUCAUGGCUUUGGAUCGCUACUUUGCAGUUUGUUUUCCCCUACAGUACUCUUUGAUGAUGAGCAAGAGAACUUGUAUCUGUCUGGUGACUUUUUCUUGGAUUUUUGCUUGCCUUCACUGUACAUACUGCACUUGGCUGGCUUCUUCUCAGCUGCUCUGUGGCUGGGUAAUCCAACACUUCUUCUGUGACUAUCCCGUCCUAAUCAUUCUAUCCUGCUCUGGCUUGUCAGUCACUAUGCUGACAGUUGACUUCAUUGAAAAUUCCAUUGUCACCUUUUCUCCAGUGCUUUUAAUCCUUGCGUCCUAUGUACUUAUCAUCAGAGCAGUGUUGACUCUAAAGUCGGCCCAAGGAAGUAUAAAGACCUUCACCACUUGCUCCUCUCAUCUCACCAUGGUCAUCCUCUUCUACAGUACAGUAAUAUUUACAUACUUUCGGCCUAGCUCCAUGUUCUCACCGACCUACGAUCGAGCCAUCAGUGUAGUCUUCACCAUCAUUAACCCAACACUCAACCCGUUUAUUUACAGCUUAAGGAAUAAGGAGGUCAAAAGCUGUUUAAAAAAAAUUCUAGGAUAG